AUGAGAAAAGAACUGAAAUAUCUUAUCUGCUUCAAUAUACUCCUGUUAUUAUCUAUCAUAUACUACACGUUUGAUUUGCUGACGCUGUGUAUCGACGAUACUUUUAAAGAUGCUAUACUGGAGGAAGACCUGAAUCCACCACCAGGCGCAUCCCCUAAGCCUCAGCUUAUACCAAAGAUUAUUCAUCAGACUUAUAAAACAGAAAACAUCCCUGAACACUGGAAAGAGGGCAGACAGAAAUGCCUCGACCUGCACCCAGAUUACGAAUACAUAUUGUGGACAGACGAAAUGGCCAACGAAUUCAUUAAGGAAGAGUACCCUUGGUUCCUGGAUACUUUUGAAAACUACAAGUACCCCAUCGAGCGUGCCGACGCCAUUCGUUACUUCAUUCUAUCCCGCUAUGGUGGUGUCUACAUCGAUUUGGAUGACGGCUGCGAAAGGAAACUGGAUCCUCUACUAGCCUUUCCCGCUUUUCUAAGAAAGACUUCUCCUCUAGGUGUGUCGAACGACGUCAUGGGAUCCGUACCUGGACAUCCCUUUUUCCUGAAGGCUUUGAAGUCUUUGAAGCACUACGAUAAGUACUGGUUUAUCCCCUACAUGACUAUCAUGGGGUCCACCGGUCCAUUGUUUUUAAGCGUCAUCUGGAAGCAAUACAAAAGAUGGGGCAUACCGGAGAAUGGGACGAUAAGAAUUCUACAGCCUGCUUACUACAAGAUGCACACCUACUCGUUUUUCUCGAUUUCUAAAGGUUCUUCGUGGCAUUUAGACGAUGCCAAAUUGAUGAAAGCGUUGGAAAAUCACAUCUUGUCGUGCGUCGUUACCGGGUUUAUUUUUGGAUUUUUCAUCCUAUACGGUGAGUUUACGUUCUAUUGCUGGUUGUGUUCCAAAAAUUUCAGUAACUUAAUCAAAAACUGGAAACUCAGCUCUUUAAAAGUCAAGAUUGUCACAAAUCUGAAUUCAUUGGGUUCAAGGCUCAAGUUAAACAAGAAAAGUAGUGACACUACGAAUGCCAAUUUGCUAACGAAGCAACAGAAACGGCUAAGAAAGGACUCGAAUACAAACAUAGUAUUCCUGAAAUCCUCGGGAAAAAACGACGUUUACGACCUAGAGAAAAAUGAUCCGUCCAAGUACUUGUUGGGAAAUAACAGCUCGUAA